CGGCGAAGGGGGACGGCCUAUUGCGGAGACGGGGAAAGAGGCGGCCGCGCAGAACCAGGAGGAGGCGGCGACGAGGACGACGCACCAGCAACGGCCAUGGCAGAAAGCGACUGGGACACCGUGACGGUGCUGCGCAAGAAGGGCCCCAGCGCGGCCCAGGCCAAGUCGAAGCAGGCGGUCCUGGCUGCUCAGAGGAGAGGCGAAGACGUGGAAACUUCCAAGAAAUGGGCGGCGGGCCAGAAUAAGCAGCACUCCAUCACCAAGAACACGGCCAAGCUGGACCGGGAGACGGAGGAGCUGCACCACGACCGGGUCCCCCUGGAGGUGGGCAAGGUGAUCCAGCAGGGACGCCAGAGCAAGGGCCUGACCCAGAAGGACUUGGCCACGAAAAUCAACGAGAAGCCCCAGGUCAUUGCCGACUACGAAUGCGGGCGGGCCAUUCCCAACAACCAAGUCCUGGGGAAGAUCGAGCGUGCCAUUGGUCUCAAGCUGCGUGGACGGGACAUCGGAAAGCCCCUCGAAAAGGGCCCCAAAGGGCAGUGAAGACAAAGCCUCGAAAUCAGUUUGCCCCGACUGAUCUCGCCCCGGCCGGCCUCUCUCGUCUCUCGGACGGCCAGGAUUUCUUUUGUCUUCGAUGGGCGAAGCGCAAGCCGGCUUCGGCCUUGUUAGAACAAGGGGAGAGGGGGAACCCUCUAGAAUUUCAGCCCUGCUGUAAAUCGGUGACCCUUCUCCACUGGUGACGGUCUCUCCUUCCCUCAAGAGAUUUGAGUAUCCAAAAAAUCUAAUAAAUGCUGCAACAGAAUCUGCCAGGGGCAAAAUCCAAACCA